UGAUUUUGCAUUUCCGGGGUGGGGAGAACUGUUUGUAAACAAAACAGUUCUCUCCCUUUCUAUCUCCUGCACACUGCUUUGCAUGGCUGUGCAUAGCAGAGCCAUGCAAAGCAGUGUGCUUACAGUAAAGCACACAUGCAGCACACAGUAAAACAGCACACAGUUAACCCUUUGAUCACCCCAGAUGUUAACCCCUUCCUGCCCCUGCCAUUAGUACAGUGUCAGUGCUUUUUAUUAGCACUGAUCACUGUAUUGGUGUCACUGGGGAUGUCAGUGACACCAUGUCAGUUCCCCCCAGUGUCAGAAUGCCCACCGCAGUCCCAAAAU